AUGCGCCGCCGCGUCGUUUCCGAAGAGGAGGAGAGAGUCACCAGCGACCCUGCAGCUGUAAGAAAUAGCAGAUGUGGACGCAGGCAGUUCUUCGAUUCGCUUUGCGGAGAAGAAUCAGGCAGUAAGACUACUAUGCCGUCGCCGGUGCUGGAGUCCGGAGGAGAGGAGAAGAGGCGUUCAAUCUUGGCUCUCAUCCUCCUCGUCCCCCGCGAGCUGGCCAUGGGCAGAGCCUUGAGCUUCCUCUUCUCCGUCAUGAGCUUCUAUUUCGGCGGCCAUCGACGUCGCAGCAGCUUCCACAGCGAGCACACGAGCUUAGUCGCUAGGAAGAUGACCAAGGGACCAAAGCCUCUUUCUCUGCAGACGGUGGAGCUCAAGGUGCGGAUGUACGCGGUCGGCUCGGAGUUGGAGAGGUGUGAGGAAAAGGGAGAAGAGCAUUUCAGCGUGCUAGCUGUCUUUGGAACAGGGGUGGACUUGGUGGAGGUGGAGCUGGGGCUGGAGAAGGUGACGGUGAGGGGGUACGUGGACCGGGGCGAGGUGCUGAAGAAGGUCCGGCGAAGUGGGAAGAUGGCGGAGUUCUGGCCGAACCCUGACCAGCCGCUCUACUUCACGACGGCGAAGAACUACUUCUACGACGAGGAGGCGUUCCGCGAGAGCUACAACUACUGGAGGCACGGCUACAACGGGCCGGACAACCAUGGCCAUGCUCCGGCGGCCCACCGGGGAGACGACCGUGUCAGUAACAUGUUCAACGACGACAAUGUCAAUGCGUGCAGCGUCAUGUAG